CCCGACGAAAAUCCCGUGGAACUCAGUCUGGGUUGGAUUCUCGUCCCGUUUCACGACGAGAAAGGUGUGAUCAUCACGAAUCGAACCAGCGAUUAUUUGCUUCAGCCUGGAACACCAUAUGAGGAAAGUGUAUUUGCAGAAGAUCCCGGAAAGGAGGAGACAUUACGCAGUCGAGUACAGAAUAUGUUGUUUGGAAAGCAACCCCAAGUGACGGUGCGCAUUGCCCAACCGAAUCGCAAUCAGAAUAAUAAAUUAGAAACAUUACCGGAUAUUAUUGUUGGAUUAUGUGGCUAUCUGCCUUUGAUGAGUUUGUACUGGGAAAUGCUCGGAAAUGUGCUUUUCGGCAGUUUAUCAACAAACGUGAAAGAUUCUGUUUAUCUACGUCAAGUUCCACCCUCAUGUGCCCUUUUACCAUAUGUUGCUGACACGCCUCUGUUGAUGGAAGCAUUACGAAAAAAAACCGACCUGGUUUUGUCGCUACUUCGCCAGACCCAAACGGAUCCGAUCAAAUUCUACAUGAACACGGAUUACAAAUUUCUCGCGUUCACAACUCGCGAAUUCACUUGUCCGAUUCGAAUCACCGGCUGA